AUGGCUGCCCAAGAAACAAUGCAGGCGGUGGUGUUUCAUGGCCCUUAUAAAGUGGCCGUUGAACGGCGGCCGAUUCCGAAAGUGCGCGAUCCCGAAGACAUUGUGAUCAAGGUGGGGUAUACGGCGCUGUGUGGCAGUGAACUGCACAUGUUCCGGGGACUGGAGCCCGCGGGCACCGGGUUCAUCAUGGGCCAUGAGUUUGUCGGCGAGGUGGUUGAGUUGGGCAGCGCCGUCAAAACGAUCCAGAAAGGCGAUCGCGUGGUUAGCGCUUUUACUACAUCGUGUGGUAAGUGUUUCUACUGCCAGCAAGGGUGCUCGUCGCGCUGCGAGAAGAAUACCCUCUUUGGAUGCGAGAAUCAGGAUGGCGGACAGGCUGAAUACGUCCGGGUCCCGAAUGCCGAUGGCUCCGUCAUGAAGGCACCGGAGGGCAUCCAGGACAAGUUCCUGGUCCUCAUGGCCGACAUCUUCCCGACGGGAUACUUCGCCGCCAGCAAUGCAUUCAAGAACUCCACUCCCGAGCAGAUCGCCGAGCAGACGGUCGUAUUGAUCGGCUGUGGGCCUGUCGGACUCUGCGCACUCAUCAACGUGCUGGAGUUUAAGCCCAAGCAUCUUCUGGCGGUGGACUCCGUCCCCUCGAGACUGGAGCUGGCCAAAUCGCUCGGUGCUGAGCCAUGGAAUUUCCAGACUGACCGCGCCGGCUUGGACAAACGCGUCAAGGAAUUGACAGAGGGGCGUGGUGCCGACGCCGUCAUCGAGGUGGUCGGAUUGAGCCCUGCGCUACGCACCGGCUUCGACCUGCUGCGGCCGUGGGGGACGAUCAGCAGCGUGGGGGUUCAUAAUGGCGAGAUUCCAUGGGAUGGCAACGAGGCAUACGGGAAGAACCUCACCAUCCAGAUGGGCCGGUGUCCCGUCCGUUCGGUGGCUGAGAAGGCUCUCGCUAUUCUAGAGAAGAACCAACACAAACUCGGGUUCAUGGCAGAGAAGAUUAUGCCGCUGUCGCAGGCCGUAGAGGGCUAUGAGCUAUUCAACGCGAUGAAGGUGCAGAAGGUGGUGUUUGAAGCCGAUCAAUAA